UCCGCCGAGCAUUGUACUCACAUCCGGGGCUGGGUUUUGCUUUAAUGCGAAACGUAAUUAACCCGGAAAAAAGAACCGAGAGUCGGGAGAGCCGGGGUGGGGAAGGGGAGACGAACGCGCGGAGCGCGGGGCACCCGGAGCCGGGCAGCGCCCUCGAGAACGCCCCGCGGCCCGGAGACGCGCCCCCGCCCCGCUGUGACCCGGCCCCGGCCCUGCACGGCGGGCGGGGAGAAGUUGGCUGCGGGUCCUGGCGCCGGGGCCGCCGCCCCGCAACGACCGCCCGGGCUGCGGGUAGGGGAGGAGAGCCGAGCGCGUCCCAGGUGAUGUGAGCAGAGCCCAGGAAUGCCUUAUGUUGACCGGCAGAACCGUAUCUGUGGGUUUCUGGACAUCGAGGAGAAUGAGAACAGUGGCAAGUUCCUGCGGAGGUACUUUAUUCUGGACACCCAGGCCAAUUGCCUUCUCUGGUACAUGGACAACCCCCAGAACCUGGCUGUUGGAGCAGGAGCUGUUGGAUCUUUGCAGCUGACCUAUAUCUCGAAGGUGAGCAUAGCAACCCCAAAGCAGAAACCAAAAACUCCAUUUUGCUUUGUUAUCAAUGCCCUGUCUCAGAGAUACUUCCUUCAAGCCAAUGACCAGAAAGAUCUGAAGGAUUGGGUUGAAGCUCUGAACCAAGCCAGCAAGAUCACAGUACCCAAAGCCGGGACCCUACCUUUGGCUACAGAAGUUGUCAAAAGUAUAGCAGCUCCUCCCACCCUAGAGAAGAAGCCACAAGUGGCCUACAAGACAGAGAUCAUCGGAGGGGUGGUGGUCCACACGCCCAUCAGCCAGAAUGGUGGAGACGGGCAGGAGGGAUGUGAGCCAGGGUCCCAUGCCAUCCUUCGAAGGUCUCAGAGUUACAUCCCCACGUCAGGCUGCCGGGCUUCCGCCGGACCUCCCCUCAUUAAGAGUGGCUACUGUGUGAAGCAAGGGAAUGUGCGAAAGAGCUGGAAACGCCGCUUUUUUGCACUGGAUGACUUCACCAUCUGCUACUUCAAGUGUGAGCAGGACCGAGAACCUCUCCGCACUAUACUUCUCAAGGAUGUUCUCAAGACCCACGAGUGUCUGGUUAAGUCUGGUGAUCUCUUAAUGAGGGACAACCUGUUUGAAAUCAUAACCAGCUCCAGGACAUUCUACGUUCAGGCAGACAGCCCUGAAGACAUGCACAGCUGGAUCAAGGAGAUCGGCGCAGCUGUGCAGGCCCUCAAGUGCCACCCCCGAGAAAUGUCCUUUUCCAGAUCCAUUUCUUUGACUCGGCCUGGAGGCUCCAGCCUCCCAGCUGGGCCUAACUCUGCCUUGUGGAGAGGGCGGCUGCCUGUGGAAGAGAAGAAAGCCCUCAGCAAGGCUCCUUCCGUGGCCUCCUCCUGGCAGCCCUGGACACCGGUCCCGCAGGCCAGGGAGAAGCUGCCCGCAGCCCAGGAGGCUCCGGAGGACUCGCGGUUCCUGACUCGACGCGGGGAGAGCCCCGGUGCUGGGGUGUCACCAAGUUCCCGGAUGAGGCACAGAUCAGAGCCCCAGCACCCCAAGGAGAAGCCAUUCGUGUUCAACCUUGAUGAUGAAAAUAUACGGACCUCUGACGUGUGAUGGAGCACAGUGCCGUAGGAGGGGCACGGGAGGCCUGACUCAGUGGCCUGACUCAGUUUCUCUGCCCUGCUGGCUGAAGGACAGUCGGGGACCUUGAGGGCCUCAUAUUCCUGAAGAUGCUCUGUGGGAAUGGCCCAGCCAGCUGGCUUUUUAAAAUUUUUUAUUUUGUAUUAUCAAUGCAGUAUAUUUAAUUUAGGAAAAUCACUAGGUUAGACUCAAAGGCAUAUUCAGUGAAGAGAGCAUUCCUUGUUGCCCUUGAACUCUUCCAAGGUCAUCAUUUUUAGUGCUUUCUCAUUAGAGGAGGUUAGGAGUUGUUUCACCCCUCACCAAGUUGUAUUUCCUUGCCCUAGUUUUAGGUUCUUUUCUUCUUUGGUUUUCAGUUCAUUCACAGUCGUCUGGUUUUUCCCCAUUCCUUUUUAUUGGCUAAUGUUUGGGGAGCAGUAAGCCACCUUACUCAGGCCAAAGGUAGGGGAGACCCAGGCUCCAGCUUGAGUGAGCUCCAUCUUGAGGGGUGGAAUCUGGAGAUGGAGGUAGCCAGGGCAGACCCCCAGGAGGCCUCCUGGGGGAAGAGGUGGGCAUCUCUUCUGAGGCAUGAA